AUGACAGAAAUAUUGAAGGACACAUCUGAGAGACAAUUAUCCCAACUCUUGUAUGCGGUAUUCUUCUUUCAUGCCUCGGAAUACCUUUUAGCAAUUGCAUGUCAUGGGAAAUCCAAAGUAACAAUCGAGUCUCUUUUAAUCAGCAAAGACUACCUCUUAGCAAUGAUCUUAUCCAUGCUAGAAUACCUACUCGAACUACACUUCUUCCCUAAUUUAAAAAACAAUUGGUCAAUAAGCAACACGGGGCUUAUGUUAGUAAUUCUUGGAGAAACCAUUAGGAAGCUUGCCAUUUUAACAGCUGGAAAGGCUUUUUCUCAUAUUAUUCAAAGAUACCAUGAAGAUGAUCACAAAUUAAUCACUUAUGGGAUUUAUGGCAUAAUCCGUCAUCCAGGGUACAGUGGUUUCUUGAUUUGGUCUGUAGGCACUCAGAUUAUGUUGUGUAACCCUGUGUCAACCAUUGCAUUUGCUAUAAUCCUUUGGGAUUUCUUCCAUAAUAGAAUCCCAUAUGAGGAGUUUUUCUUGAAACAGUUUUUUGGGUUGGAACAUGAUGCUUAUGCUCAACGGGUUUGGUCUGGGAUUCCUUUUGUGAAGUAA